AUGGCCUGGGGUCACUGUGUGGCCCUGCUACUGCUGGUGGCCAGCCUGGGGCUGGGUCAGCAGCUACACUCUGAGCCUGGCCACUCAGGCCUCCAGCACAGCUAUGACUGUGGGAUGGAAGGCAUGCAGCUGCUGGUGACCCCCAGGCCGGGCCGGACCAUCCGCUUCAAGGUGGUGGAUGAAUUUGGGAACCAGUUUGAGGUGAACAACUGCUCCAUCUGCUACCACUGGGUCACCUCCAAGCCCCAGGAACCCGUGGUCUUCUCGGCUGACUACAAAGGCUGCCAUGUGCUGGAGAAGGAUGGGCGCUCCCACCUGAGGGUGUUCAUAGAAGCUGUGCUGCCCGAUGGUCAUGUGGAUGUAGCGCAAGAGGCCGCUCUGAUCUGUCCCAAGCCUGACCACACCUGGGCUCUGGACUCCCACCUGGCGCCUCUCACCAUGUCCUCACUUCCCCCUCCUCACACGCUGCCCUUCCAUCCCACCUCUAGCCACACCUCCCCAGGCUCUGGCCUUCCCAGCCCCCUGUCCCCACAGCACAGCUCCAGCCAUCCAGCCCCUGUGUCAACAUCCCUCGGACCUGGACCUACCCCUCCCACCCUGGCUCAACCCCAGCGGGGCACCUUGGAACCCCUGGAAGUGGACAAGCCAGAUUACAUAGGGACACAUCUGACCCAGGACCAGUGCCACGUGGCCUCUGGGCAUAUCCCCUGCAGAGUGAGAAGUUCAAAGGAAGCCUGUCAGCAGGCUGGCUGCUGCUAUGACGACACCAGAGAGGUCCCCUGUUACUAUGGCAAUACAGCUACUGUCCAGUGCUUCAGAAAUGGCUACUUCAUCCUGGUUGUGUCUCAAGAAACAGCCUUGGCACACAAGAUCACGCUGGCCAAUGUCCACCUGGCCUACGCCCCCACCAGCUGCUCCCCAACGCAGGAGACAGAUGCUUUCGUGGUCUUCCACCUCCCUGUCACCCACUGUGGCACCACAGUCCAGGCAGUUGGCAACCAGCUUAUAUAUGAGAACCAGCUGACGUCUGACAUUGAUGUUCAAAUGGGGCCACGCGGUUCCAUCACACGGGACAGCACCUUCCGGCUUCAUGUCCGCUGUGUCUUCAAUGCCAGUGACUUUCUGCCCAUCCAGGCGUCCAUCUUCCCACCCCCAGUACCUGCUCCUGUGACCCAGACUGGCCCCCUGCGGCUUGAGCUGCGGAUCGCCAAGGACAAGACUUUCAGCUCCUACUACGGGGAGGGGGACUAUCCCAUCAUGAGGCUGCUCCGAGAACCAGUCCAUGUGGAGGUUCGGAUUCUGCAAAGGACAGACCCCAGUCUGGUCCUGGUGCUGCACCAGUGCUGGGCCACUCCCAGCGCCAACCCCUUACAGCAUCCCCAGUGGCCCAUCCUGUCAGAUGGGUGUCCUUUCAAGGGUGACAGCUACAGAACCCAAAUGGUAGCCUUGGACAGGGCAGCGCUGACCUUCCCAUCUCACCACCAGCGCUUCACGGUUGCUACCUUCGCCCUCCUGGACUCUGGCUCCCAGAAAGCCCUCAGGGGACAGGUUUACUUCUUCUGCAGCGCCUCUGCCUGCCACCCCUCAGGGCUGGAGACUUGCUCUAUAACGUGUAGCUCUGGGACUGCAAGAUGGCGACGAUCCUCAGGUCACCACAACGACACUGUCAGGCCCCAGGACAUUGUGAGCUCUCCAGGGCCAGUGGGCUUUAAGGAUUCUUAUCGGCAAGAGCCCAUGCCAGGGCCCCCAGGUAUGAGGGCUUGUGGCCAGGGCAGGAACUCUAACCCAAGGCUUCCCCUCUGGGUGGUCCUUCUGCUGCUGGCUGUUGUCCUGGUCCUAGGGGUUGGUGUCUCUAUGGGCCUGAGCCAGGGCUGGGUCCAGAAGCUCUGGGAAGGCAACGGUGAACAGCCUCAAUAA